UUAGGGUUUUUAUCUCAAACGCCUCCCUAAACUCCGUGCUUCAGAUUCCGAAGAUCAAAAACAAUGGCUGAUGAGAUUGUCCCACCGGCGAACCAGUUAGCCGCCGUGUCAUUGGGUAACGAUGGAACUACGGUGCAGAAAGCGCAAUUUUCCGACAGGGUUUUGAUUCGAUCGAUAUUGGGUCGACCUGACGGCGGAGCUAAACUCGCUGGUCAAAAUGUUCGAAUCGGAGGGUGGGUCAAAACAGGGAGGGAGCAAGGGAAAGGCACUUUUGCUUUCCUAGAGGUUAACGAUGGGUCUUGUCCAGCGAAUCUUCAGGUUAUGGUUGAUGCGUCUCUAUAUGAUCUUUCUAAGUUGGUUGCGACGGGAACUUGUGUUACUGUUGAUGGAGUUCUGAAGAUUCCGCCGGAAGGUAAAGGUGUGAAGCAGAGGAUUGAGCUUAGCGUUGUGAAAGUGAUUGAUGUGGGAACGGUGGAUCCGACUAAGUACCCACUUCCUAAGACUAAGUUGACUCUUGAGUUUCUGAGAGAUGUGCUUCAUCUUCGUGCGAGAACUAACUCGAUCUCAGCAGUUGCAAGAAUCCGUAAUGCGCUUGCUUACGCCACCCACAGUUUCUUUCAAGAACAUAGUUUCCUUUACAUUCACACUCCUAUCGUCACAACAAGUGAUUGUGAAGGUGCUGGUGAAAUGUUCCAAGUAACAACCUUGAUCAAUCACACUGAGAGGGCUGAGCAGGAUCUCAUUGAUAACCCUCCACCCACUGAGGCUGAUAUUGAAGCGGCUAGGCUUGUUGUCAAGGAGAGAGGUGAAGCUGUAGCGCAACUGAAAGCUGCCAAGGCUAGCAAGCCAGAGAUCACUGCUUCUGUUGCUGAGCUUACUGUAGCAAAGGCGACUUUAGCUCAUGUUGAAGAGAGGUCGAGGCUUAAGCCUGGACUACCUAAAAAAGAUGGAAAAAUUGAUUACUCCAACGAUUUCUUUGGCCGUCAAGCUUUCUUGACAGUUUCUGGUCAAUUACAAGUGGAAACCUAUGCUUGCGCUCUUAGCAGCGUGUAUACAUUUGGCCCCACUUUCCGGGCAGAGAACUCUCAUACUUCAAGGCAUUUAGCUGAAUUCUGGAUGGUUGAGCCUGAAAUUGCUUUUGCAGAUCUUCAGGACGACAUGAACUGUGCAGAGGCGUAUGUGAGAUACAUGUGCAAGUGGUUGCUCGAGAAAUGUUACGACGACAUGGAACUUAUGGCUAAGAACUUUGACAAGGGAUGCAUUGACAGGCUAAAACUGGUUGCCUCAACCCCGUUCAAGCGUGUAACAUACACUGAAGCAAUAGAGCUACUUGAGAAAGCUGUAGCUGAAGGAAAGGAAUUUGAAAACAAAGUGGAGUGGGGAAUCGACUUGGCCUCAGAGCAUGAAAGAUACUUGACAGAGGUUAUGUUUCAAAAGCCAGUUAUUGUUUAUAACUACCCGAAAGGGAUCAAAGCUUUUUACAUGAGACUUAACGAUGAUGAGAAGACAGUUGCUGCCAUGGAUGUCCUGGUUCCAAAGGUUGGAGAACUCAUUGGUGGAAGCCAAAGGGAAGAACGAUAUGAUGUCAUCAAAAAGAGGAUCGAGGAGAUGGGUCUACCAAUUGAGCCAUAUGAGUGGUACAUUGACUUGCGUCGUUAUGGAACAGUGAAGCAUUGUGGAUUUGGACUUGGCUUCGAACGUAUGAUUCUGUUCGCUACAGGAAUUGAUAACAUCAGAGAUGUUAUUCCUUUCCCUCGGUAUCCUGGAAAAGCUGAUCUUUGAUUCCUCUCUACACAUUUUACAAACACAAUUCCGGUUUAUAUUAGUUGGUGUGGUUUUGAUAACCGACAUGGUUUUAGUUUACUUUGAAGUUGGUUAAAUGAAAAUUGUAUGGUUUUUUGACUAUUGAUUUUAUCUCUACGGAUCUGGUUUUGUUCUGUUAUCUGGAUUGAUCAAUUGGAAUUAUAUAUUUACACAAACCUUAUUAAUUGCUUUA